AUGACCCCGGUUGUUAGCCCAGUAAAUGCCAUCGUUACUCGCCUGGCUGAAGGAAGCAGGGUGCAUCCCAAAGAGAGUAUGCGCCAUGAAUCGCUACGUCUAUGCACGUUCCGUACUUACCCAACUAAUGGUAAACCUUCAUGUAUAAAACUUGCUAAGGCUGGAUUUUAUUAUGCAAGUCAAGGCGAUUACGUCAUAUGCUAUUGCUGCUCCAAACGCAUCAGUAACUGGAACGAAAGGGGCGAUCCUAUGCGCGCACACAAACUGGUAUCACCUAGCUGUCCUUUCUUGAUACGCAAUUCUGAGGUCAACGAACCAGUCACAAGCGAUAGCAUCGAAAGUUCCAAUGCACGAUUGAACCGGGUUAUGCACUCACUGGAUGUUUCAGAUGUGCAAUCCUUAGAAGGAGAAAGAAAUAGCGGUCGACUGGCAAGUGAGGAAGAUUCUUCUUUAUCUACAUUUAGUUUAAAUUCAAAUCAGCAUUGUGCUAGUGGACGCACUAGCGAAUCUACAGCAUGUCAAUCGACGCAACAGCUAUCUCUUAUUACUAAACCGACACCUGGAAAAACACCAUACUCUAGCUUGCCUGUUCAAAUACUCAGAAGUUCAAUCCUGGAAGGCAAUUGUGAGGAUAGCAGCUCGACCGAGGAACUAGUUUUUUCACCAAAUGCUAGGCGUAAAAAGAUUCCACCUGUUAAGGGGACAGAAUUGCAUCCACAAGAUGCUAGCGCGCAAUGGAAAUGUCUGCGGUGCCGUAGAAACAACGUGUGUAUCGCGUUUCUGCCGUGCGGUCACCUGGUUUCCUGUGAGGGGUGCAGCACCGACCCCAGUGCCCGGAAGUGCUUCUCGUGCGACGCUGCCGUGAAAGCCAGAAUCAAGGCGUUCAUUUCAUGA